AUGGAUGUUAAAACUGCUUUUCUUCGUGGUGACUUGGAUGAAGAAAUUUAUAUGGAGCAGCCGGAAGGUUUUGAAGUCAAGGGAAAAGAUAAUUAUGUUUGCAAAUUGAAGAAGAGCUUGUAUGGCUUAAAGCAAGCUCCCAUGCAAUGGUACAGGAAGUUUGGUUCUUAUAUGAGUCAGCAGGGCUUCAAGAAGACUUCUUCAGACCAUUGUGUUUUUGUGCAAAAAUUCUCUGAUCAUGACUUUAUUAUCAUUUUGCUUUAUGUUGAUGACAUGCUUGUUGUUGGUCAUAAUGCCUGCAGGAUUAAAGAGUUGAAGGAAGAGUUGAAUAAGUCUUUUGCUAUGAUCAAUGAUAUAAUAAUUUCUUUAAAAUUUGGUGAUCCAACAAUGUAUAAGUCAUAUUGGCAAAAAAUGUGCAACAAGUGUAACAUAACAUUCAAUGGUGAUGAUUCAUUAAGUUAUUUUGCUACUGGUAAGAGCUUGUGUUGGUUCUUGGAGUCAAAACUAAAGGAACAACUUAAGAGGUUGCACAAUGUUGUUGGAAAUGCAAUUGUGGAUGAUCAUUAUAUUGUUGUUGGCACUAGAUCCAGCCAGCUUGUGCAGGCCGUCCUUUAUGCUCUUUCUCCAUCUGAUCAACUUGAACCAAUCAGUGUAGUUUCAGCUACACCUUUUUAUUCGACAUAUCCUUAUGUGACUAAUUUAGUGAGGUCGGGACUAAAUAAAUGGGCUGGAGAUUUAAAAACUUUUGAAAAAGAUGAACCUUUUAUUGAGUUGAUUACAUCUCCAAAUAAUCCUAAUGGGAUUAUUAGAGAGCAUGUAGUGAAUGGUGAUCAAGGGAAAUUAAUCUACGACUUAGCUUUUUAUUGGCAACAAUAUACUUCUAUAACUCCACCUGCCAACAAUGAUGUUAUGCUCUUUACUAUUUCCAAAUGCACUGGUCAUGCUAGUUCCAUAAUUGGUUGGGCACUUGUUAAAGACAAAGAGGUGGCAAGGAAGAUGACAAGGUUCAUGGAGAUUUGUACAAUUGGUGUAUCAAAAGAAGCUCAACUUAGAGAUGCUAAACUUCUUGAAGUGGUCUCUAAUAGCUGUUUGGAUUUUACAUUGGAGAAUUUCCUUGAAUAUAGUCAGUCUCUUAUGGAUAAUAGAUGGUUUAGGUUAAGACAAGAUAGGAUGACUACAAUGGCUAAUGCUAAAAGGAAUGAGGAAGACAUUGUGGGUCAAGAGGUUCCUCCACAAGAUCCAAUUGAUCCUUUGGGUGAGAAUGUGACUAACACGGAGAUGAGGAUGGCAUUUCAAGUGUUGGCUCAAGCAAUGUCGGCCCAAUCCAAUACAGAGAUUUUACUAGGAUGA